UUUCAAAACAAAUUUCACUUCUCCUCUCGAUUUCAAAUUCUCUCUCUCUGUUAGAAAUUCCAGAGACGAAGAAGAAGAAGAAAACCCUAGAAGAAAUCAAGUAAUCGGAAUGGAGAAUUUGAUAUCACUAGUAAACAAAUUACAGAGAGCAUGUACAGCUUUAGGUGAUCAUGGUGAAGAAUCUGCAUUACCAACGUUAUGGGAUUCUCUCCCCGCUAUUGCCGUCGUCGGUGGUCAGAGUUCUGGGAAAUCCUCAGUGUUGGAGAGUAUUGUUGGAAAGGAUUUCUUGCCUCGUGGAUCUGGGAUUGUGACUAGGAGACCUCUUGUGCUACAGCUACAUAAGAUUGAUGAAGGAAGAGAGUAUGCAGAGUUUAUGCAUCUUCCUAGAAAGAGAUUCACUGAUUUUGCUGCUGUGAGGAAGGAGAUUGGAGAUGAGACUGAUCGAGAGACAGGGCGUGGCAAGGGAAUUUCUAGUGUUCCUAUUCAUCUUAGUAUUUACUCUCCAAAUGUUGUGAAUUUGACCCUGAUCGAUCUUCCUGGAUUGACAAAAGUUGCCAUUGAUGGUCAAUCUGAUAGCAUCGUUGCGGACAUUGAGAACAUGGUUCGCUCAUUUAUUGAGAAGCCCAAUUGUUUGAUUCUAGCAGUUUCACCUGCCAAUCAAGAUUUGGCCACCUCUGAUGCUAUCAAAAUUUCUCGUGAUGUAGACCCGAAAGGGGAAAGAACAUUUGGAGUCUUGACAAAGAUUGAUCUCAUGGAUAAGGGCACCGAUGCUGUUGAUAUAUUGGAAGGCAAAUCAUAUCGCCUACAGUUCCCUUGGAUUGGUGUUGUUAAUCGCUCCCAAGCCGAUAUUAACAAGAGUGUUGACAUGAUCGCUGCUCGUCGCAGAGAGAGGGAGUAUUUUGCAAGUACCCCUGAGUACAGGCAUCUUGCUCAUAGAAUGGGUUCUGAGCAUCUAGGAAAGAUGCUUUCGAAGCACUUGGAAACUGUAAUCAAGUCCCGCAUCCCAGGCCUCCAGUCGCUAAUUAAUAAAAGUAUUGCUGAACUAGAGGCGGAAUUGAGUCGUUUUGGCAAGCCUGUUGCUACUGAUGCUGGAGGUAAAUUGUACUCAAUUAUGGAGAUUUGUCGUCUUUUUGAUGGAAUUUACAAAGAACAUCUUGACGGCAUACGCCCAGGUGGUGAUAAAAUCUACAAUGUUUUCGACAAUCAACUUCCUGCAGCUUUAAAAAGAUUGCAAUUUGACAAGCAACUCGCUAUGGAGAACGUAAGAAAGCUGAUUACUGAAGCAGAUGGUUACCAACCACAUCUUAUCGCUCCUGAACAAGGAUAUCGCCGUCUCAUUGAAUCUUCUCUAAUUACUAUCAGAGGUCCUGCAGAGGCAGCAGUUGAUGCGGUUCAUAGUUUACUGAAGGACCUUGUGCAUAAGGCUGUCAGUGAGACUGUGGAGCUAAAGCAGUACCCUGGUCUCAGAGUGGAGGUUACCAAUGCAGCUGUUGAAUCCUUGGAAAGAAUGAGGGAUGAAAGUAAGAAAGCAACUCUUAAAUUGGUUGACAUGGAGUCUAGUUACCUCACUGUUGAUUUCUUCCGAAAGCUUCCGCAAGAUAUUGAGAAGGGUGGAAAUCCCACACAUUCAAUUUUUGAUCGAUAUAAUGAUUCAUAUCUUCGCCGGAUAGGAUCAAAUGUCUUGUCUUAUGUCAACAUGGUAUGUGGGAGUUUGCGAAACUCUAUUCCUAAAUCCAUUGUUUAUUGUCAAGUCCGUGAGGCCAAACGCUCACUACUCGACCAUUUCUUCACAGAAUUGGGAUCCAAGGAUACAAAGCAAUUAUCAGGAUUGUUGAAUGAAGAUCCAGCAAUAAUGGAACGUCGAAUUGCUCUUGGGAAAAGGUUGGAAUUAUACAGAAGUGCACAAGCAGAGAUCGAUGCAGUUGCCUGGGCCAAGUAAAGAGAGUAAACGCAGAUUACAUUUUGUACCUUAGUGUUUGUGAUUUACAGUUUAGUUCAGAAAAACACUAGUAGUGCUAAAAUAGUGUCUUGCUAUAAUUACACGUAUUUGUGAACUCUUUCUAAACUUUAUACGAAGUUUAUAAAUGUGAUUUUGCAAGGGUUUUUCAUUUA